UCCACGACUUUAUACCCUGUAGCGGCAGUCACUCCUUUGUCCAAACGCUCCUUCGCUAUACCUAUACCCUCAAAAACAACAAUUUCAACCAUCCUAAACCUCACCCGACUUUCGGUCUAUAGUUCUCAAUGCUAAUGUUUUCUAUCUUCCUCCUCGUUGCUGCGGUCCUUCCUUUCACAGUUGGUGGUACGCUUGGGCAUAUCCAGCGUGGACACCAUCAAGAAUUAGCCCAGCGGGCGCGAGGCGAUGUGGGCAUACAUAAACGCUCUUUCGACAACGCACGCUUCACAUUCUAUGACGUUGGCUUGGGUGCUUGUGGGCAGUACAGCUCUCCUAGUGAUUUCAUGGUCGCCAUCAACGUCAUCCAGUUUGGUCCUGGUUACCCAGGUCCGCUGUGUUUCAAGUCCAUUACUAUCUCCUAUGGGGGAAAAACUGCACAGGCCACUAUCAUGGACAAAUGUAUGGGAUGCCCGAACGCCGGGCUUGACUUCUCUAAGGGUCUCUUCGAUUACUUCGCUUCUGAAGACGAAGGUGUUUUGUACGGAACGUGGUGGUUCAAUGAUGACAUCAGCGAACUUCCUACACCAUCCGUGAGCCCCGAAUGGACGCCCGCGCCGAUCCCUGCUUUAUCCACCCCUACGCCCACCCCUACGCCUACGCCUACGUUCACAUAUGUGUCAUACCAACAUCAUCAAGUCGCUGACACCACAUCUACGCCCGAGACCAGUACUACUUCUGAGACCAUCGCCAGCACUCCUUCUCCAACCGAAACUAGCACUACUUCUGAGACUCCCACCAGCACUCCUUCUACAACCGAAACUAGCACUACUUCUGAGACACCCACCAGCACCCCUUCUACAAAUAUACCAAUUCCUACUGGCGUUGUAGCCGUACCAAUAGCCGUACCCGCACCCAACGGUGCAAAUCCACAAAACCUUGAGGUUCUCGGUGAAGCCCUCGUCGGCAUUGGCAUGUUGGUUGCAGGUCAGCGGGGCAAUUAGGCCACUUUUGGCAAAGGCUGCUCUUUCUCGUCAGUGUCGUCUAUUGGUUGGGAGUUCUACUGAUCUUGGCAUCGGGUGUGUAGCAUCUAUUCUUAAUACGUAACCAAGACUGCCGUGAUGGUUCUGAAUUAGUGGGCGAUGAUGUGAUGUACAUUCAUGCGGAACUUCGCUCAGUCCAUUUUUCCAUAAACUCAAUUUGC